AUGUCUGCAAACUAUUGGACAUCUUCUCAACGGGAGAAGUGGCAAUUUACUCGAGAAGAGAUAGCAAUUGCUCGCAAUGAGAUCAAUCAAGUGGAAAAACAAAUGUUUGGAGAUAGUCCAGCAUUAAUCGGAUGUAAGUAUGAUAUUAACAUGCGGAUAUACCUACAUCAGUUAAUAGUGAAACUUGGAAGACGUCUUAAUUUUCGCCAGAUCAUUUUGUCAACUGCAGAGGUGUACUUGACGAGGUUUUUGCUCCGGGCGUCGAUUAAAGAGGUGAAUAUAUACCUCCUGGUAGCUACUUGCGUAUAUGUGGCGUGCAAAAUCGAGGAGUAUCCACAGCAUAUCAGAACUAUUCUAUCUGAGGCUCGCAAUUGCUGGCCUGAAUUCAUACCGAAUGACUUGACAAGAUUAGCUGAGUUCGAGUUUUACUUGAUAGAUGAGCUAGAAUGCUACCUGGUAGUUCAUCAUCCUUACAAUUCACUUAUAGAGAUUACCCAGUUGUUGAAAAACUACGGAGAGGCAGAUUGUCGUCUUGACAUAUCACCAGAAGAGCUGCAAUCGUGUUGGUCCAUUAUUAAUGACAGCUACAUUUUGGAUCUUCACCUUUUAUUUCCUCCUCACAUCAUAGCCAUCUCCUCUCUUUAUCUGACAUUGAUUAUGGUGACAGAUCUGCCUGGACUGGAUACAAAUGUCACAGAUACGAAACCACAAAAACUGAUCAGCAACGUGGUCAGUAACAACAGCAGCAGUAAUAGGACCGUCACCGGAAACGCGAACAAUAAUGCUAUUACAAAUAGCAACGAAAAUGGAAACAGUACUACAAAUACCACAUCCACCCCUGGAAGUCUUACAGAUACCUCCAGAAAUGUUAACGGCCAACUAUCUGACCGCCGACGAGCUUCUUCGUCACAUUCUUCUACAGCUCAAAAGUGCCUCAAGAAAGGAAAACAAUCGGAUAGCUCGUUGAAUAAAGCCCAACUAAAGCGAGGCAGAUUCUCCCAAACCUCAUUAAUACAAUUUAAUCCUCGUGUAGAGGCCUUUAUUAAGUUCUUAGCCGCCUCAAACGUCAACUUAGACGAGAUAAUCGAGACGGUGCAAGAAAUGCUUACCUUAUACGACUCCUGGAAUUAUUACGAUGAAGUUUCAGUGAGAAACGCCGCUCAUAGCAUGCUUCUUGCUUUGAAUCGUACACAUAACGUGUAA